CUCCAACCUCCUCACAUUCUUCUCCUCGCCACCCCCAAUCUGUGUGGAGGAAGAGAACGAGAUGCUGACCGGCUGCUCCAGGUCUUUCACCGGACUCAAGCUCUUCACCAGGAGACCAGCAGUGACUCUCCUCCCAUUAGCAGUCACAGUACACCACGGUUUAGCGUGCGCUCUGUAGACAGAUAGAAGAGAAAAGCGAGUGGAAGUAUAGAUGGAUAACUUUCUCCUCCUUUCUCAAGGAAACACAUUUAAUAAACAGAGCAUUUCUAAAGGAAGACUGAAGAGAGGGAUAGGAGCUGCACAAUCACCAAUCCCCAUGAAUACAUCCAACAUCAUCUGAACUGAGACCUGACCUUUAACCUUGAGCUGCCUAUCAGAUACUACUUUACUACAUACCAGUUUGGUACCUUUCCUAUUGCAACGCACUCCCUGACAUGAUGGAUUUCUUCUUCCAACACCGUUUCCGCCGUCGGCAGAAAAGACCGAAGCAUCAGCCCGGUCCUGCUCUUCAGACCAGUAAAGCCAGGAGGCGCUCUAGUGUCGGUCUACCCUCUGCAGCAUUGGUGCAGUCCAGACGCUCCUCUGUUGGUUUACCUCCGGUUUGUGCUGACCAGCGCAGGCGGCCCAGUGUUGGCUUACUGGUGGCCAGUGGACAGAGGAGACAGGGAGGAUUAACAAACACUAGUGAAGCAAAGGGAGAAUCUAAGAGAGCAGAAGUAGUCGUGGAGAGAGGAAGAGGAGCAUUUGAGGUUAAAGCCUCUGGCUCAGUGCCUUGCAUACAUCGAGGGAUGGCGAUGCGACAUCGACGUUUUAAAGUCAAGUCUAUUGAACCUCAUUUACUCGGAUCCUCAAUGUUACUUGCGAGUGUAGUCAAGAUGGGCAUAGGAGUGGAGGGGAAGAAGGAGCAGGAGGAACUGGAGCCCCCCCCAUGUUCCUGUUCGGAUUCAGAUGGAGAGGAAGGGAGCGAUGAAGAUGAAGACGUGAAGAACACACCUGUAAGCUUCAGGUCUGCCACUCAGAUGCACUUAACCCAGGUAGUCAGGAUGGAAAACAUCACACCCCGCCCCUUGCUCCGCCCUCCUCGCUGUCUGAGACGAAACUCCUCCCACCUUCUUCCAGCUGACUCUGUGUUUCGGAGCAGUGACGGUUAUGGAGUUUAUGGUCGCUAUAAUAGCCGAAGGUCAAGUCAAGUUCACCGGACUUUAAAUAAGCAGAUCCAGACUGCCAGGACCAGCCCUAGUCUGGGUCAGCUGGCCUCAGCAGGUCUGAGCGCUGAGACGCAUGUGUCCUCCUCGGGGUCUACACUCCAGAAGAGACUGGGGAAACCAGAGGAAACCAUGUACUAUGAUCCUUAUCUGGACACAUGGGAGAACUUCCUGUCGAAAGCGAUAUCUAAGUCCGGCCUGCACCAGCUGCCCUGUCAGCCCAGUACGUCCCUGAACCGGAGCGACCCGGAGGCAGAUGUCCGCAGCACUUUGGACUGGACUGAGUCAGCGGUGUGUGGAGACCAUAUCUGGUUUGAGACCAGUGUGUCUGGAGACUACUGCUAUGUGGGAGAGCAACACUGUAUUGCCAGAGCACUGCAAAAGUCCAUCAGUAGAAGGAAGUGUGCUGCAUGUAAGAUAGUGGCCCACACCAUCUGUAUAGAACAACUGGAGAAGAUUAAUUUCAGGUGUAAACCGUCUUUCAGAGAAUCCGGCUCGAGGAACAUCCGAGAGCCCAUCGGGGUGCGUCAUCACUGGGUGCAUCGGAGACGGCAGGAAGGCAAAUGUAAACAAUGUGGGAAGGGCUUCCAGCAGAAGUUUGCUUUCCACAGCAAAGAGAUCGUGGCCAUCAGCUGCUCCUGGUGCCAACAGGCUUACCACAACAAGGUGUCCUGCUUCAUGCUGCAGCAGAUUGAGGAGGCUUGUCCAAUAGGAGCUCACGCUGCUCUUAUAGUGCCACCCACAUGGAUCAUUCGAGUCCGGCGCCAUCAGUCGUCUAUGAAGUCCAGUAAGAAGAAGAAGAGAACAUCGUUCAAGAGGAAAAGUAGCAAGAAAGGAGCCGAGGACGGACGGCAAUGGAGGCCGUUUUUAAUCCGACCCAUCCCUGCACCACUGAUGAAGCCACUGCUGGUGUUUGUCAACCCCAAGAGCGGAGGAAACCAGGGUAAUAAGAUCCUGCAGUCUUUCAUGUGGUAUCUGAACCCCAGACAGGUAUUUGACCUGAGCCAAGGAGGACCAAAGGAGGGCCUGGAGCUGUAUCGUAAAGUCCAUAACCUAAGGAUCAUGGCCUGUGGAGGAGACGGCACUGUGGGCUGGAUCCUGUCUUGUCUUGAUGAACUGGCAAUAAAUCCUCAACCUCCUGUUGCCGUGUUGCCCCUUGGGACAGGAAAUGACCUCGCCAGGACCCUGAACUGGGGAGGGGGCUAUACGGAUGAACCUCUGUCUAAGAUCCUCUCCCAUGUUGAAGAUGGAACGGUUGUCCAGCUAGACAGAUGGAAUCUACAGGUUGACCCAAACCACAGUGCAGGGGUUGAACCGGACGAACAGCAAACGGAUAAGCUUCUUCUAGAUGUGUUCAACAAUUACUUCAGUCUUGGGUUUGAUGCCCAUGUGACUCUAGAGUUCCACGAGUCAAGAGAAGCCAACCCGGAGAAGUUUAAUAGUCGUUUUAGGAAUAAGAUGUUCUACGCCGGGACAGCCUUCUCAGAUUUCCUGAUGGGAAGCUCCAAAGACCUGUCUAAGCACAUCAAACUGGUGUGUGACGGGACAGAUCUGACAUCAAAGGUCCAGGACCUGAAGCUGCAGUGCCUGGUCUUCCUCAACAUCCCCAGAUACUGUGCAGGUACCACGCCUUGGGGGACCCCCGGUGAACAUCACGACUUUGAACCUCAGCGCCAUGAUGAUGGAUUCAUCGAGGUCAUUGGAUUCACCAUGACCUCACUGGCUACUCUCCAGGUUGGAGGUCAUGGAGAACGGUUGAACCAGUGCAGAGAAGUCACCCUCACCACCACAAAGCCUCUCCCAGUCCAGGUGGAUGGUGAACCGUGCAGGCUGGCUCCCUCUGUGAUCCACAUCAGCCUCAGAAACCAGGCCAACAUGGUGCAGAAGACCAAGCGCCCGACCUCCCUCCCUCACCUCAACGAUCAGCAGCCGGUCCCAGAGAGGCUGAGGAUCCGGGUCAGCAGGAUCAGCAUGGCGGACUACGAGGCUCUGCACUAUGACAAGGACAAGCUCCGACAAGCAUCCAUUCCUCUGGGACUGAUUGUGGUUUCUGGAGACAGCGACUUAGAAACCUGCAGAGAACACAUCCAGCGUCUCCAGUCGGACUUGUGUUCUCUCCAUCUCUCCUUCAGAUGCUUGGGACUGCAGGAGGAGGCAGCCAAGCCAAAGAGUCUUUCCUCGCAAAGAUUAUCUCCAAAGUGGUGUUUCCUAGACUCUACAACGGCAGAUCGUUUCUACAGGAUAGACAGAGCACAGGAACAUCUCAACUACGUGUCAGAAAUCUCCCAAGAAGAGAUUUUCAUCCUGGACCCUGAACUGGUUGUCAUGAUGACAAUAGGCACCUCCCCAUCAGCCAUGCCGGACCUGGUUAACUCCGCCUCCAGCCUGGUAAACAGCAGUUCUUUCCAGAGGCAGCGAGUGAACAGUGACAGUGAAGCACACGACACAACACCUGUGGCCAGCAAACUCAGCAGGGCGGGCUGCAUCCAUCGCUCCAACACUACUGCUGCUGACUUUAAACCAAGACUGAGACAGGAGAAGACCAGUGAGACGGGCGGAGAGCAAGAGAUGUUGAUCGAGUGUGUGAAGAACAAGGACGGGAAGAAGCUGCAGGAGCUGCACCAGCAGGGGGCGGACCUCACGGCGCUGGACUUCUCCGGCUGCAGUUUGCUGCACCAUGCCGUCGCCACAGGGAGCAAAGAGAUGGUCCGCUACCUCCUGGACAAUGCUCCGACCGACCUGCUCGAUGUCACAGAAAAACUACAGGGGGAGACGGUUCUCCACCUAGCUGCAUCCCUGUGUCACAGGACCAUCUGCCACUACCUCGUAGAAGCAGGAGCAUCACUGAUGAAAACAGACCUGCAGGGGGAGACUCCUAAGAACCGGGCGGAGAAGGCUCAGGACUCUGAACUGGCGGCUUAUCUGGAGAACAGACAGCAUUACCAGAUGAUCCAAAGAGAAGACCAGGAGACGGCAGUCUGAAAGGCUGGAACUCUUCACAGCUCCCUCCUCAUCCUCAACAGACACACAGAUAGCUACAAUAACACAAUGAUGACAUUGACAGUUACACUGAGGUUUGAAUAUUAUGCCAAUGAGGGGGAAGAUAAACAGGGAGAUUAUGAGACGCCUAUGAAGUCACCAUUUCCAUUUAUGGGAGUCCACAUGUUCGGACUUACUCCUUCUCCAACUCUUUUGUAUCAAAGAAAUGUAAAGGACUCCACUCUGGAACUAAACGUGAUAAGGCCUCGUGUCAGACAGUAAAGGCUCAUGUCAUGGUUGAACAUCCUCAGGAAAUGUAAUUAAUGAUGUCCAACCAUGGAGUCACAAUCUAACAAAGUUUUGUUUCCUUGAGGUUAUGGAAUAUCAGCGCACUGUUGACAUUUGAUGUUUGAAUAUCUGCAGUUAACUUUGUAAUACCUUGAAUGGAGCAAAGUGUUUCCUAAGUCUCAUGUCCACAGAGAGAUGAGGGCUUCUGACCAUCAGGAGGAGGUCUCAUGUCCACAGAGAGAUGAGGGCUCCUGACCAUCAGGAGGAGGUCUCAUGUCCACAGAGAGAUGAGGGCUCCUGACCAUCAGGAGGAGGUCUCAUGUGGUCUCAUGUCCACAGAGAGAUGAGGGCUCCUGACCAUCAGGAGGAGGUCUCAUGUGGUCUCAUGUCCACAGAGAGAUAAGGCCUCCUGACCAUCAGGAGGAGGUCUCAUGUCCACAGAGAGAUAAGGCCUCCUGACCAUCAGGAGGAGGUCUCAUGUCCACAGAGAGAUAAGGCCUCCUGACCAUCAGGAGGAGGUCUCAUGUGGUCUCAUGUCCACAGAGAGAUAAGGCCUCCUGACCAUCAGGAGGAGGUCUCAUGUCCACAGAGAGAUGAGGGCUCCUGACCAUCAGGAGGAGGUCUCAUGUCCACAGAGAGAUAAGGCCUCCUGACCAUCAGGAGGAGGUCUCAUGUGGUCUCAUGUCCACAGAGAGAUAAGGCCUCCUGACCAUCAGGAGGAGGUCUCAUGUGGUCUCAUGUCCACAGAGAGAUGAGGGCUCCUGACCAUCAGGAGGAGGUCUCAUGUGGUCUCAUGUCCACAGAGAGAUAAGGCCUCCUGACCAUCAGGAGGAGGUCUCAUGUCCACAGAGAGAUGAGGGCUCCUGACCAUCAGGAGGAGGUCUCAUGUCCACAGAGAGAUAAGGCCUCCUGACCAUCAGGAGGAGGUCUCAUGUGGUCUCAUGUCCACAGAGAGAUAAGGCCUCCUGACCAUCAGGAGGAGGUCUCAUGUGGUCUCAUGUCCACAGAGAGAUAAGGCCUCCUGACCAUCAGGAGGAGGUCUCAUGUGGUCCAGACUGAACACAGACUAAGGCAGCUCUGUGGUUUUUAACGUCUCAAUAAUUUCUUUCUUACCUCAGCCGUACCACGUCAUCAACAUAGUGAACAUGCUGUUAUUAGUUGAUUUAUAUCAACAUAUUCUAGAGAUAAUUAUGAUUCAUAUGUUAGAGAAUAAUCAAAGUGAUGUAUUCCUGGUACCUGUGCUGAAGAAUUGGACUUUAGACAUUCUUUUUGUGACUAAUAUUUCCAAAGAUAAGUUAUGUCAAGUUAGAUCAAAUGGGCGUGUGCGUCUACUUUAGAAAAAUGGAAAUGUAUUUUGUUAUGAUUGUUUUUUGUAAAAUCCAGUCUCAAAUCCUGUAUUAUGGAUUAUUAUAAUUUGUUGUGCCAAACGUUAGAGCUUGUUGACGUUUAAAGAUACAGUACACACACAUCCUUGGCUAUUAAAAGUGUAAUGUGAGCUGUGAUGAGUUCAACAGCAACACUGAGGAACAUUUCUGGUGCACGCAAAGUCAAACUGAAGCUGUCCUCAGUACUGAAGGAGCACUGAGAGGACCAGCUGACCAGCUCAGGUCCAACCCUUGUUCACUCGUAUUAGAGCAGAGAAGGUCUGUUGAGGAUCUCGGUCUCUGUAGAGGACUUGUUCACAGCCACGGCUGGAGCCACGUCUCCUGCCUCCUGACGAGCAGCUCCUCGUGAACCUGUGCAGUCUGUGUUCUCUCAUGUCCACAGGUAACACUUCUAUCUUCUCUUUCUAUUCCUGCAUUGGUGCAUUCAAGUCUUUGUCAUUUGUGAAAUGUGUUUUUGAGAUUAAUACGAAGACAAUAAAAGAAGAAAGUUAAUUUGAAA